AUGCUGGUCGUAGGCCUUACUGGUGGCAUUGCGACUGGCAAGUCUACCGUAUCCAACUUAUUGAAGACGCACGGUAUUCCGGUGGUUGAUGCGGACGUCUUAGCUCGGGAGGUGGUGCUGCCUGGGACCAAGGCUCACAAGCAAAUCGUACAGUACUUUGGGCCCACUAUUUUACAGGAAGAUGGGACGUUGGAUAGGCCGAAGCUCGGCUCGAUCGUAUUCACGGAUGCAGAGAAGCGGAAGAAACUGAACUCAAUAGUCCACCCUGCUGUGCGAUGGGCGAUGUUCUGGGCCGUCGUGAAGUAUUGGCUCAAGGGAGAGAAGAUGUGCGUCGUGGAUGUGCCUCUCCUAAUCGAGUCUGGCAUACACAAAUGGGUCGGCAAGGUCGUGGUUGUGUACUGCUCCGCUGAAAUCCAACUCCAGCGCCUGAUGAAGCGGGAUGGUUCCAGUCGCGAAGCUGCAACCUCCCGGCUGAACGCCCAACUCCCGAUCACAGAGAAAGUAGACUAUGCAGAUGAGGUCAUUGACAACUCUGGUACUGUCCAAGAGUUGGAGCAGCAAGUCACGUCCUUCAUAAAUCGCCUCAAGAAGGAGGUCGACUGGACAUGGCGCGUUUGUUGGUUAAUUCCGCCCGUAGGCAUAGCAUCGGGGAUCUGGACGUUAAUAUGGAGGACAGUCAAACGCAACCGGAGGGCUAAUCGGAGGCAGAGGACACGGACGUAGGAUCGAGGUUGUGGCCUGCUUUGUUCCUUCCCGUAUUCUGUUGUAUUUGUUCGCUGCUUAUUACGAUAGCCUCAUCCCACGGACACUUGAAAGGAGAGGUACACGAUGUAUGCCUUGCAAGUGAGGAAUAUCCACAUCUUGUACAUAAUAUACGAUGCUAUUUUGCCCUUCC